AUGGCUGGUCAUCUGUUCUUGGUCGUCCUCCUUUUUGAUACCUUCCAAUCCAUCAAAGCCCAAGGCCCUCCUCUUCCCAGGUUGACAGUGAGUCCUGCUUUCAUCAGAGAGAGCGACUCAGUUCAGCUGAGCUGUGAGACUUCUCCAUCCGUCUCCGUGUCUCAGUGUUAUCUCUUCACUGAGAAAAGAGACUUUAAACCAUCCUGUCGGCAGACACUCACAGGGACUGAGCUCCUCUCGUGGUCAGAUCAACGUUCACCUGCUGUGGUCAAUGUGAGAUGUUUCUACUAUGCUAUUGGUAGUUUUUCCCCAUCCUCUGACAGCGACCCUGGCUCAGUCACUGUCCAAGUCCCUCCUCAGCUGACAGUGAGUCCUGAAGUCAUCAGGGAUACAGACACAGUUCAGCUGAGAUGUCACACUUCUCAAUCUACCUCUGUGUCUCAGUGUUACUUCUACAUAGAGGAAAGACAACAUCUCCAACAAACCACAUCCUGUCAACAGUCACUCACAGGGACCAAGCUGCUUGAAUGGGCAGGUCAAGGUCCAACCACCAAGGUCAACAUGAGAUGUAUCUACAAUGCUGUAGAGAUGUCUAUCUACUCUCCUUACAGUGACCCUGUCUCAGUCACUCUCCUGGACGUCCCUCAGCCCAAGCUGACAGUGAGUUCUAAAGUCAUCAGAGAGAGAGACUCAGUUCAGCUGAGCUGUCAGACUCCUCCAUCUGUCUCUGUGUCUCGCUGUUACUUCUACACAGAGGGGAGAGAUCCUAAACCCUCACCCUGUACGAGGUCACUCACAGGGGCUGAGCUGCUCUCGUGGGCAGGUGAACGUUUAUCUGCUGAGAUCAAACUGAGAUGUCAUUACACAGUAGAGACUCACUAUCCAUCGACGCACAGUCAUCCUGCGCCUAUCACUAUUCUUGGUAAAAUAGUAUUAUUUUUAUGA